AUGGCAUGGAAUUUCCUUAAUUUCCUUGUUGCGGUGUUUUGCGUCGGCGAGGUACUCCUGCACAGGUCGGCCCAAUUCAUGCAGAUCCUGAAUGAUUUGCUUCAGUGUGCGCAUGGCGUAGUCCUUGGGAGGGUAGUCCUGGUCAUUGUCCAUGUACUCGCCACGCACAAAGUCAUCUACGAGAAUGACAUUGGCGUUGCAGUUCCGCACGCUCAGCGGACGAUUUUCUACGAUGAGAGUUUCCUCCAGGGGGCGCUUCCGCCAGAGAAUGUUCUUCUCGUAGUAGUUGUCCCGGGAAAACCAGUCACGGUGGCGCACAAUGUACUGCGACACACGUAUCCCCACUGGGAUCAAUCACGUUCAGCACCUGCCGCAUAUACCGGUCGCUGCAGGCCGCUCACAGUACCACCUCUGCGCCAAUGGAGGAGAGGCACUCCAGCAGCCCCGCCAGGUAAGGCCGGGCCACCAUGCCGGCCUUCAUGCGAAAGGCCUUGUCGCUGUAUGACACUAUUGUCUCGUCCACGUCCAGCACGAGCGUCAGCCGGCCACGAUACGCCUUCUUCUUGGGACCAAGGAGCCCAAACGCCUCCUUCUGCUGCUCCUGCAACAACCACAACCUUGCCCCUACCGCAGCCAUCACGACAAUUGUGCCAAAUAAGUAAUACCGCACCCCGCAAUCCUUCAACAGUUGACGCCAGUACUCCUUGA